AUGUAUCCUACAUCCUUAAAGUUUUCGUUUAACUCCAUCAGCACUGCGAGUCGGCUAGACCUGCUAUGUGCCGCCUGCCAGCAGAGGCCCCAGGAUCCUCGCAUCUUGCCUUGUCUGCAUACCCUGUGCCGACACUGCUUCGAGCGCCUGGCAGUCGCCGACGCUUCGCGCGUGUCGGACAUCGAACACGCCUCGAGGAAAAUAGCCUCCGUAUCGCCGACUCGCGACCGGCACUCCUUCCCGAGUUCGGGGUACUCUUCCUCGAGCGACUUUGCCCGCGGAGAAGAGACGGCCGCACCGCCGCGCACGGCAAUCCAGCUGGUCGAUUUCGCCACGAGAAGCGUCGACCCUCGGGUUGUCGUCUGUCCGGCUUGCAAAACCCAGACGGCGCUCACCGGGCCCCCGAUCCAGCUACCGCCCAACACGCUCCUGACCCGCUUUCUGGACGGCACCCCCGGCGGCCCACUUGGCAGCCGCCACGGAAGCGCGUCGCGGCAACCUGCAUCCCGCUCCAAGCGGAGCUCCUUCUGCGACCUGUGCACCAAAACCACCAGUGCAGUGAACAGGUGCAUCAUCUGCGUGCUCUCUUUGUGCUCCUUCUGCACCAGGGCUCACAGAAGACAGCGGAAGACAAACUCCCACAACCUAAUGUCUCUUCAGGAUUCCUGCGGUCCUACGGUUGGCAAGGACACAGAGGUUCCACGGCAGACCUACUGCCCUACUCAUUCUAAGUGUGUGCUGAACACGUUCUGUCAGACGUGCGAAAAGACGGCCUGCGAUCAGUGUAUUUUGUACGAACACAAGGAUCACAUUCAGAACGACUUCAAUGUCGCCAAGGAAGAAGAGCUGAAGAGGACAAGCAUCCUGCUGACCAGGCUCCGGUGGAAGAUGUCUCGCAUGGAAUCCUCGGCGAGCGGAACGCUGCGGAACAGUCAGACCCUGGAGAGGAACGUCAGCAGCAUUACUCGAGAGGUGAACCUCUUCUACGACGGGUACGUCGAAGCGCUCGAGGCACGGCGGCGGGACCUGCUCGAGGAAAUAGCGAAGUUCAGGCGGGAGAACGAGAACACUCUGCGCACCCGCAAGGAUUCCUUGGACGCGGCGCUGGUCAAGGCCAGGCAGAUUCACGACUUCGGGAAGACGCUUCUGCAUUUCGGACCGGAGAUGCCGGAGGUUGUGCUUCCACUCGUCGGCGUACUCAAUAAGGGCGCUGAGCCCAUUGUAUCGGAUGAGGGAACAAUCGAGGAUAACUCGAAAACGCUGCGGACGCUGAGGUUCUGCAAGAAUGGUGAGAGCGCCAAGGGACAGUACAGAAUUUACGGUGCCGUGUCUUCCGAGAACUGGCCUUCGAAGACGUCUGCGGUACUUUCCUUUAACGCUGGCAGCAUGGCGCGCCGGGAGAACCCCGUCGGGGUGGCGCAUCUAGAGUUCCGUGACUCGUCCGGUCACCCGACCUGCGUAGAGCCGGAGCAAGUGCAAGUUGUGCUCACCUCAGCCACGUCGCGCAGGUUGGUGCCUUAUCUCAAAGAAAUUGUCAUUCCCGAAUGA